AUUUCUUAUAGCAACUGGUCUUAAUUCGCUCUUUUGGCUGAACUACUGAAGUUUUUUUGCCUCCUUUAUGUUUUCAAAUCAUCGAUAUUGUCGUAGAAUACGUUGAACCGGGGGUGAAAGGAUGAUAUUACAAGGGCGUGAAGAGUGAGGCUUGCUUUAAAUUGGCCAAUCACCGACGAGAUUUUUGCUGCGUGCUUCGCGUGUGCGUUAGUUUCAAAUUUGUUGCCACGAACGAGAUCAGGGAGCGGGCGGGUUGAAGACUUUAAGCCAAUCGAUUCUUGUUACAACUGCAGCUUAGUAGAACUUCAUUUUAGCCCACAGUCCCGUGAGGACUACUUGGCAGCCUGCGUAGGAGGAUAAUGGCUGGCAACUUUGAGAGAUCUGAUGCAGUAGAGAAAGUGGAGCUGUCUGACGAUCCUGAAGUAGCAACAAACUCCGCUGAAACACCAUCGUCUAGGAAUGAAGUUCAACCACAAGAAGCAGAUCUGAGGAACGAACAGUCCAGGCUGCCGGAGCAAGCUGAUAAACCUGAUGGUUCUGAAAUUGAGAAGGAACUCGACGAUGCUCUGAAUAAAGGAGAUUUCGAUGAUAUUAAUCAGAAAGUGACUCCAAAAACCCUGGCAAGCUGUAAAAGUAAUACCUUACUCAAAACGUUUCAGGUCAACAAAGCACUUCAAGAUUUAGCACAUGAUGAGAACUCGGAGAAAGAUGAUGUAAAAAUGCUGGAAAAAUCUAUAGAUGAGUUCAUAUCAGCCUUAAUAGACCCUCUAAAAGUUGACCCCGAUACCAAAAAAUCAUUUCAAAGUUGUUUUGACGAUGUGAUUGACAAGGCAAUCGACACAGAGCAGAAGAAGUUCAUCUCUCACCCAGUGGUGUAUGACUUGCUCAACACUACAUGGUACCGCUCCUUUUUCUCAACAAGAAAGAAAUCAUGGCGGUCACCUGGACGCUGGGGAUACUUUUUUCUCAACCUUUGGACAGUGUUUGACUUCGUCUUGUUUCCCUUCCUCUUUGCCAUUUUCUUCGCUGUGCAUUUGAUAAAACGGGUCUUGAGGAGAAGAAGAGAAACUGAAAUGUGUUUUGUUUCGACGCUGGACAAGGAUGGGCCAAGAGAGGAAUUUGAUCUAAUCAAAAAGACGAUGAACUACAUCAUUCAGGAAUAUGGCUACCAAUCUGCCAGCUACUGUGAGAUUUUACGUAAAAACAACAAAUUGAUUGGUGACAUGAACUUUGAAACGAGUUGCUCUGGUGAGGCCACACUGCAUAAUAGGAUUGUCGAGUUAGAGCAGCCAAGCUCUCCUGCUCUACUAUCUGAAUAUCUCGAAGCUGUUUAUCGUGUAUUCAGAACCCCAAACGUUCGAGAAGAAGCUAAGAAGGUGAGGUAUGUCCGCGUGCGACUGAUUUCCGCUGCUCUGUCGAGUUCGGUUGUCGUGUUUUUUCUUAAUUACACAUUGGACAUGUCAAUGGAAAAAACUGUGGAGCUACAGAGAUUAGUAAAGGAUAUAAAGGAUAUGCAAGUUAACAUCGUUCCCGUCGGUAUUGGGGAGAACGCCAAAUUAUCACAAUUAAAAUGGAUGGCAACUAAAGAUGGCACAGCACUUCACUUUGGAGAAUACGAGUCACCCGAGACGUUAGGGACAGCGGUCAUACAAGGUAUCGAGGGAAAGGACAUCUAUGAGAGAUACAAAGAUUACUUUACGACUCCUUAUUUCGUCUUUUGUCGCGACACGCUGAGCUAUAUCACCCUCCUCGUCCUUCUAUUCGCUCUUUGCCUGUCCCCUUCAACUCUUUCCUUCAGUCGACUAGAAUUGGUUAUAUCAGUUUUCUUCGUGGGACGCAUUGUAAUGGAGAUAGAGCAGUUUAUCAUGAUUAGGCAUGAAAAGAACGGAGUGAAAGCGCGCAAAGGGAAGAGAAAUAGUGUCGGAUCCACCCGCCAAGCAUGUUCACCUGAGGAUCCACAGGAGACAAACGAGGCAGGAAAUGACAGCAUUUUGCUAAAGACGUUUACUGGUUACUUCAGUGACCGCUGGAAUUUGCUUGACUUCGUCACUCUUGUUUUGUACCUGAUUACCAUUAUAUUACGCAUAAUCACAUUAAGGAUCUCCACUGACGUAUCAGAAAACAGACCCUUGAUUGUGUCGGAGUAUUUCUAUGGUUUUAUUGCCAUGUUUCUUGCACUAAGAGCCUUUGGUCAAGUCAUAGAGCGCUUGCGGAAAAUGGGUACAAUACAAAUCGCCCUAUUCUUUAUCAUGUCUGAUGUCUUGGGGAUAUUUUGGCAGUUUGUGGCUUUGAUACUGGCUUUUGCGCUGCCCAUUACAAAGAUUUAUAUAGCUGAGAAAGCUUAUACUUCAGGAAGAGAUUCCGCGGAAGAUUUUAUUUCAAGGGUAUGCAGUGAACCAGGGAUACUUUGUUGGUGGGACAUAGCGACACACCUAACCUGGUCCUUGCUGGGUUUAGCUGAAGUGGAUAAGUUGGACGCCGCCGACUUUCCUUCCGUUUUUUUUAUUCGUCUGCUGUACGGCUUGUUCUUAAUCAUGGUAGUUGUUCUUCUCGUGAACAUGAUGAUUGCUUUGCUCUCCAAUACGUAUCAGCAGGUUCAGGAUAAUUCACUGCAUGAGUGGUCUUUCAAGAGAGCCAUUAUUGUUAGGACUUACAGUAAGAGUCAUCCAAUACCGGUGCCUUUCAACAUUUUGUCUGUCCCACUAAUGUUACUCUGGAACAUCUUUUAUCCGUGUUGCACAUCGUCUGAAACUCGUGGUUUGGAUGAGGAAGGGCGGAGAGGAACCCUGAAUAACUUGGUGAAGAAGCUAGAAAGAAGAUACAUCGAGAAGUACGGUUAUGAAUUUCCCCUCACAGAGGAAAGAAAGAUGGAUCACUUGGUUAGACAAAAUGAAGGAGGUCGGAAAAUGACUAAUCAGAUUGUACGGGAAAUAUUCCAAACGCAUGGAAACAAGGCGAAGAAACUUGCGUUUGGCCAAAGUGCGUGGGAUAACUCGCAGGGAAUUGCUGUGGAUGGCUGCCUCCUAACUUACUUAGGACCUGAUUUCUGCGAAAAAUGCCGCGAAGAUGGAAAGCGUACCAACAUUCACAGUGCCAAAUUAAAUUCUCCCUUUACAGAAGAGACACCACGAUUUGAGGUACUCAUUCAGGGGACUGGAGAGGGGCGUAUUAUAGCACUAGGUGUUUUGAAUGAAGAUUUCGACUGUCACAAAAUACCUGGUUGUGGUAUUGGAACAGUUGGUUACCAUGUCGACGAUGGGAAAAUAUUUGAAGGCGGUUACCCUGAAGUGGGAAGAGAGAUUGAAGGAGCCGUGGCUUACCGCGGCGAUCUCAUUGCUUGUGAAGUUGAUUUUAAAGAAGUCCCUGAUGGUAAAAUCUCUGUGUUGUUCUCCUUGAACGGUGAAGAAGUAGGGCGUUCUUCAGUGGAGUAUAACUCUAAACAAACUCUAUAUCCCAUCGUCUCAAUGGGAUCCACAGGCAUUAAAGUGCUGGCAAAGAUGUGCUAUCGAGACCGUUUCAAUAGAGUAACAACUGAAGACAUUCAGAAGGAAAUCAAAAUUCUGCAGGAUAAUUUUCAGGAUCUAAAGAGGAUGUUGCUGGAUCUGAGAAAGAAGUAGAGGAGAAAGAAGGGGCAGGAAAAGUUUUUAAGAAACCGCCGUACAUCAGGUGAUGAUGUAAAAUCGUGCACUUUGAUGGAUCUGGGAGUUGACCAGCUGUAAUCUUGCAGCUUUAUUUUCGAUAUUCCUCUCUCUUCAUUACUGAUUUUUUUCAGUGGAGGGAGGAAAAUAAAAAAGACCGUAGGUAAAAAUCCAUGGACGUAUUCUCAUUUAUAAGUUACCUUUGCUUUAUAUAAUUCUUUUAGUUCAAAGAUCUGGUCAAAAACUCUCCCCUUCAUCUGCUAUACAAGUUGCAAAUUUGGGAAAAUGUAAGGUUAAAUAAAGGUAUCACUUUACUUAUGA